CUUGGUGAUAGUUGACCACAAUUCGCCGCGUUGAAAAUGACCUUCGGCACCAGUCGGUACUGGCUGCUGAAGGUUCUUAUGAUGAUGCAGUGGUAACAAUGCAAACCGGCUACCCAACUAGCAGUGAAACGGAAGACCUAGAUGCAAUCCGGGAUGGCGUCUUUGUUUCCACACCAUAGUUUUCCGUGAAGGCUCCUGAAGACAUGGACAAUUACCGUAGUACCGACCGAAAGGCAACAGUCUAAAGAGCUGGCGAGCGCUGCAAGAAGACGGACAUCAUCGUGUCCCUGGUUCAAGAAGCUUGCGGGGCCUUCCGACUGAUGUUCGAUGCCAGUUUCGCGAUUUGUGCAGCGCACAAGGUUGAAUGCUGGUCCCCUGGGAAUCAACAGAAAUGAAGAGAAAAUAGCUACCAUCGAGCUAUUUUUGGCGAAGAUAUCGAACUCCAUUUGGGCAGUCGAGUUGAGAAACACCAUAUGGGCAUGGUCGGUCCAUUAUCAUUGGCACUUGUUGUUGCCACGAUUCCAUUGAUGGGCCAUCCGCGGUUCUUUGGUGGUAUUUGGUCGACAUACCUCCGCGUGACUGAAACAGGGCAACCCGCCUCAAGGUUUGAAGAGCUUGUAUUGCGCGUCUUACCGAACUUGAUGUUUGAUAAUUGUAUGUCCGUGAUGAGCGUCUCAUUGGACAGCCCGUGGUUCCGGAGACGGGUCAUGAAGACGCGUCAGAGUAUGAGACUGGCCCUUCUAGCAAGCCAAAAGCGAAAAGCAAUCCAGAAGGUCCACGGAAACAGUAGGGCCAAAACCAGCAAGACCAUUCCAGAUGAGAGCAGUGGCAGUUCCGGGACGAGCUUGGGUGCCAUGGCUCGAAUGAAAAACAGGAAAAUCCGUUGUGUGCGGCCAAUUGUGGUUGAUCCAGGUGGGAGUUCCAGAAGACAGAGAAAAGAAGAACCUUGUUUCCUUGAUUCAACCUGUGUCCAGUUAGUUAUCUCGAAAACGAAACAUGAGCUUGUCCAGAUCAUGGAGUGCAAGCCGUGGUUAGAAAUUGGAGUACCGUAUUGCGGUCCGAGGGUCAAUGAUAUAUACACUCUUCCAGAGGCUUUACUCACCUUGCUGUCCGUCCAUGGCUUAGAUCUUCCGGUCGGUGAAGAGGGCGAAUCCGUUUUCAGGACUCGGGAGAUUGUCAGCGAGGAAGACUCCUGAUCCCGGGGUGGAAUGGUUUCAAGGUUAGACGCAAACGCCUCGAGCGGAGGACGAGGACGUUAUCCCGAGAGCCAUUCCGGACAGCAAGGAGAA